AUGGGGCAUAAAGUGGUCGUAUUCGACAUUUCUGUCAUCAGAGCCUUGUGGGAAACUCGUGUCAAGAAGCACAAAGCCUGGCAGAAGCAGGAGGCAGAAAGGCUCGAGAAAAGCGCAUUGGAAAAGAUAAAGGAGGAGUGGAACUUCGUGGCCGAGUGCAGAAGGAAGGGCAUCCCGCAGGCUGCGUACUGCAAGAAUGGCUUCAUAGACACCAGCGUGAGGCUUCUGGACAAGAUUGAAAGGAACUCCCUUGCAAAGCAGAGUGCAAUUUCCAAGGAGAGAGACAAACGGAGCAGUGAGUUUGUGCUUGAACUUACAGGGGAGCACUGGAAGGAGCUCCCGGAUUCCUUGAAGGAGCAGACGCACCUGAAAGAAUGGCACAUAAGCAAUACCCUGAUUCAGAUCAUUCCUAAGUAUAUCGAGCUGUUUCAAGCCAUGAGGAUUCUGGAUCUGCCAAAAAACCAAAUCUCCUGUCUUCCAGCUGAAAUUGGUCGUUUGAAGAACCUGAAGGAACUCAAUGUGCGUUUCAACCGUCUGAAGAGCAUUCCUCCAGAACUGGGAGACUGUGAAAAUCUAGAGAAACUGGAUUGUUCUGGAAAUCUAGAAUUAACUGAGCUCCCCUUUGAAUUAAGUAAUUUGAAGCAAGUUUCAUUCAUAGAUAUCUCAGCAAACAAGUUUUCCAGUGUCCCGAUCUGUGUCCUGCGGAUGUCUAAUUUGCAGUGGUUGGAUAUCAGCAGCAAUAACCUGAGUGACCUGCCACAAGACAUAGACAGGCUACGAGAACUGCAGACCUUUCUCCUGUAUAAGAACAAGCUGACCUACCUUCCCUUUGCCUUGCUUAACUUAAAGAAGCUCACCUUGUUAGUCGUCAGCGGGGACCACUUGGUGGAGGUCCCAACAGCCCUCUGUGACUCAUCCACAUCUUUAAAAUUUGUAAGUUUUAUGGACAAUCCUAUUGAGAAUACCCAAUGUCAAGAUGGUAAUGAAACGAUGGAAAGUGAACAAGAUCGCCAACAUUUUGAUAAAGAAUUUAUAAAAGCCUAUAUUGAAGAUCUUAAAGAAAGAGAAUCUGUUCCCAGCUAUGCCACUAAAGUAUCUUUCAGCCUUCAGCUUUGA